AUGGGGGGGCGCGGCAGUCGGGGAGAGGAGGCGGGGGAUAGGCUCCGCGCCCUGGGCCCGGGGCCCGGGGGGGAGCUCAGGCUGGAGAGAGCCGCCCGCCGGCAGCUUCAGGGGGACGAGACCCCGCGCUUCAUGUACGUCCUGACCGCCUUCUCGGCCCUCGGCGGCUUCUUGUUCGGCUAUGACACGGGGGUGGUGUCCGGGGCGCUGCUCGUCCUCAAGAAGGAGCUGAGGCUGAGCGCCCUGUGGCAGGAGCUGCUGGUGUCCGGGGCGGUGGGCGCUGCCGCUGUCGCCGCUCUCGCCGGCGGCGUCUUCAACAGCCUGUGGGGCCGCCGAGCCUGUGUCCUGGCGGCCAGCGCGCUCUUCACGGCCGGAGCCGCGGUGCUCGGCUUCGCGCCCGACACAGCCACUCUGCUCACCGGGAGAGUGGUGGUGGGACUCGGCAUCGGUCUGUCUUCCAUGACUGUAACAGUGUACAUUGCAGAGGCCGCCCCUUCUGAUCAGAGAGGACGAUUAGUUACCAUUAACACCCUCUUCAUUACUGGAGGACAGUUUGUCGCAAGUGUUAUGGAUGGAGCCUUCAGCUACCUUGAAAAGAAUGGCUGGCGGUACAUGUUGGGUCUUUCAGGCAUUCCAGCCAUCAUCCAGUUUCUGGGAUUCCUUUUCCUUCCAGAAAGCCCACGUUGGCUGAUUCAAAAAGGCAAGACUCAGAAAGCACGCAGAGUCCUAAGUCAGAUUCGUGGACACCAAAAUAUUGAUGAUGAAUAUGAAAGCAUCAUAAAUAGCAUUGAAGAGGAGGAAAAAGUAACAGGUGCAGGUGGUACUGUGAUAUGGAAUAUGCUCAACUACCCCCCAACUCGAAGAGCACUGAUAGUUGGAUGUGGAUUGCAGCUGUUUCAGCAACUUGCUGGUAUCAACACAGUCAUGUACUACAGUGCCACUAUACUGCAAAUGUCGGGAAUGCGAAAUGACAGAUUAUCAAUCUGGUUGGCAGCUGUUACAGCAUUCACAAACUUUAUUUUUACAUUGGCUGGAGUUUGGCUAGUUGAGAAGAUAGGACGCAGAAUGCUCACGCUGGGGAGUUUAGCAGGCACAGCAUUGAGCCUUGUAAUUUUAGGGCUUGGUUUUUGGCUGUCAGCCCAGGCUGCACCACGUGUGACACUGCACCCAGUCGAUCCGUCAGGUCAAAAUGUGAGCUGCACUCAGUACAAUUUUUGCGACAGUUGUAUGUUAGAUGAAAAAUGUGGCUUCUGCUAUAAACUUGAAGGUUCCAAUGUUACUGAAUCAUCGUGUGUUCCUAUAAAAACCCUAUCUGUGGCAAAGGCUGCCUGGGGCAGGUGCAGUAAUGAAACCGAACUUAAUAAAGAAGGAUUAUUUUGGGCGUACAACUUUUGCCCUACAAUAUAUUCCUGGAUGGCAUUUCUAGGUCUUAUUAUGUACCUAAUCUUUUUUGCACCUGGAAUGGGCCCUAUGCCUUGGACAAUAAAUUCUGAAAUAUAUCCACUGUGGGCUCGAAGUACAGGAAAUGCUUGUUCUGCUGGAGUCAAUUGGAUUUUUAAUGUCCUUGUUUCAGUGACAUUCUUACAUUUGGCAGAGUAUCUCACUUAUUAUGGAGUUUUCUUCUUGUACGCAGCACUGUCAGGUCUGGGAGUUAUUUUCAUCUAUGGAUGCCUUCCAGAGACAAAAGGAAAAAAAUUGGAGGAAAUUGAGUCCUUGUUUGAGCACAAGCUGUGCACAUGUGGUCUUUUGGAUUCCGAUGAAGUUUUUAAUCCACUCUGCCACUGUUCUUAAUUAUCCUCCAUGUGGACAACUAAAGAUGAAAAUGAAGAUGAAUUUAUGUGAUGCACAGGUGGGCAAAUAAACAUGCAUCAAACUCGUACCCAAAUGAAUUAUCCAAAUAGUCACUUUGUGACUAGAACUAGGUUCUAUACUUCUCAGAUGUUAUGAUGAAAAAAUAUUAUGUAAGUAUUUUGUUGGUGCAAAUUAUAUCAAAUUGUUUUCUUUUGACUCAUUUUUAAAAGUAAGGUAAUCCUGGAACAUACUUAGUUUUAUUUCAAAGGAUGUUUUGAAGUAUUCAGAAUGCUAUAGCAACAAUGGUGGAUUAGGGUACCAAAGUGCUUUGUUGUGAAGGUUUUUCCCCCUGGUAAGGUUUAAUCUUCCCUGCAUUUCAAUGCAAGUUGAGGAACAUUUCCCCAGGGAAGUAAAUAAUAUCUGUGAUCUGCUUGUAAGCAUAUCCUUGCAGCUAAUUGAAAAGUAUAAUUUGGCAAAAGGUUUUAGAAUACAUUGCCUGAUUGCUGGCCUGUUAUUUUGGACAAUAAUUAGUUUGAGGGACCUGAAUUGAAUCAGUAGCAAAUAAAGUUGUUUUUAAAAGUGCAUUGCAGGCAUUAUUAUAAAAUAAUAAAUUAUUGAUUGUAAACUAAAAUUAUAUUCUGGUGUCUAAUGCAGUAAAACUGAAGCACAUGAUGUAUGUUGAAAUAACUAUGUUGACACAGACAAAUAAUUCAAUUUUAUUUUGUCUUAAUUUAAAAUAGUAUCUUGCACUACACUGUAUUGCAAGUAAUCUUACAGUGAACCUAAACUAUUUGACAAAUAUUGAAACACAUUAAGUAAUGCUUAGUUGAAGUUUCAGUUUGCAAGGAAUACUGGAAUUUCACAUAAGGGUGCCAAAUAUCAUGUAUUAUAGAACUACACUUUUCAAAGUUAAAUACUUUAAGGUCCAAGCCAUUAAUGAUUUUCUUCAUGUGUUGUAAUUUCAAAAAGUCAAUGUGAUGCAAAGCAAGUUUUUAAAGUCACUUGGGAGUCGGGAAUGCAACAAUUUAGAAACUCGAAUGCAGCGAUCCUUCCCUUGUUUGGCAAAAAAUGUUCACAAACCAAAUGUGAAAACCUAUCUAAUUUGAAUGGUAUCAAUGUGAAUGAUAUAAAUGUAGCAUUAGAAUACUCCUGCAAGUAGAUAGUAUGUGGAUAUAUGAACAUAUCUGUCAACAAAAAUAGUCACUAAACUUGAACAGUUAUCUAGAUUUACUUUUGAGAAAUUGGAACAGGAGGCGUUAUAAAGUGCAAAUUCUUUUCUUUCUAUAUUUACAUCUUCACUCCUAAAGACAGCAAUCAAUUAUGAUAAUGUAACACUUCAUUGAUGGGCAAUUGAUUCCAGGUUGAAGCAAAGUUUGAUUUUUAUGUUUGUAUAAGAUAUCCAAUUGUUGCCUAUUUUAAGCACAAGUAGGAAAAUGUAUUUUAAAUUAUUUGAAUAGACAUUAAUUUAUUUGGGUUCUGAAUCUAUAGUGCUGUAGCACACAUGAACAUAGUUGUAGCUUAGUACUGUAUAAAAACAACUUAUCUUACCAUAACAAAACAUUCCAGUUAGAAAUUGUCUAUAUAAUGUGAAGUAUUUUUGUAUGUUCAAUUCACAUCAUGUAUUUGGUGUAAAAAACUUUGAAAGACAUGCUGUUGCAUAAUGUUUCAAUUAUUUGGAAUCUUACAUGAUUGUCAGUGCUCUGAAAUGCCUUUGCAAGAAGAAAUUGUUAAAAUACCAAUUAACUAUAAAACAUAAUAGUAUGUUUUUCAAACCAAAAUUAAUAUGUAUAACCUCAGUUAUGACAUGCUAUCUAGUUUCUGCUAACUCUUAAUCUUGGAGAUCAUUACGACAAGUGGCAUAUGAAAUGGACACUUGUUUGACACUGGAUAUCCUAAGUAUAUGGGGGGUAUCUGACACAUGAGAAUACAUACUUGGGAAUUUCUGUGUCUGGAAUGG